UGCGAACAGUUACCUCGCACAAAGCUCGGCACACAAAAACAGAGGUAGCCCAAAAUGAGCACGAAGGAUCGUCUUGAGAAGCCCGACUUUAUCGUCGCGAAAGACAAGAGGCCAGGAGUUGACGAUUAUGGAAACGAGUACAAAUACUCUCCUGGUGAUAAAGUGUAUCUUUGUACUUCUGGUCAGCAAGAGGGUCCAUAUAAGAUUGAAGCGGCAGAGAAUGGCAAAUAUACACUGUGUGAUGACUACGGGAUCACCGUGAAGAGUGGGAGGGCUUAUGGUGAGGAUGAACUAAAGUUGUAUGAUCCAUUCGCGUGAGCCAGAGAAGAAUACAGGAUAUAUAAAUAAGGUUACGUGAGCGCAUCUUAUAUUCUUUAUCUAUAAUACCUUGAAGGAAAGCC